AUGUCUCUGAUUUUUUGGAGAAUAUAUUACGAUCCGCUAAUAACGAAAAUAGAUAGGGAUUUUGAAGGAUUCUCGAUAUCCGUGAAAACACCUACUGGAAGUGAAUACAAAAUCAACUUAUCUGUAAUGGCAUAUAUGAAUGAUUCACUAUGGAUAGCUGAAUCAAAAAUUCAACUAGAAGAGAUUUUAAAGACUGCAUCAAGUUUCUAUAAAAUGACAGAAAUAAAAGUUAAUGCGAACAAAUUGAUCUUCCUAACAAAUGCAAGAGGCAAUACUUCGAUGUUUUUUGAAAACCAAAUCUUAGAAAGAAGACAACAAGACGAACCUUUCAGAUAUCUAGGAUAUGAAAUAUGGAAAAAGAUCGAAAUUUCUGGCCUAGGAACGGAAGAAGAAUAUGAAAUCAUUGAGAAAAAGAAAAGUGAGGAUAAAACAGAAG